AUGCCCCAUUUUGAUUGGAAGGUCAUUCUGGUCGCCUCGAGCAUCGCAGCUUACGUGCAGUUGCAUGUCCGCCUUGCUCUGGUUGGACCCCUGUCCCAAAGCCGCUGCAAGUUUACUAACGUCGCCCAUCUGGCAACAGCCGUGUUGCAUAGCCAGCCUUUCCAGUUAGGCUACCCACCCUCGUCGUCAGGGAGCGACUGUAUUGGGUCCCAACGCAUUUUUUCGCCCUCAGCCGCCUUCACAGGUGACGAAGAAAAUCAUUGCCGUCGUAUCGGGUCCAUCGGGCAUAGUUUGUCGAAUCCAGGUGUUGCGAACUCCACCAACGGCUUGCCCUAUAGCCCACGAAACUCUGGUCUGCAGGAUGUUCCAUUUACUCCAAGCCCAGGCGGACUGCUUAUGAGUCCAACUGAUGGGACAUCGGCAGAUAAUCUUGCUUCCAACCAUACAUCGAUCUUCCCACAGCAAGUGAAUCCUUGGUCCCAAAGAAUGUCGGAAUAUUCCUCGCACCCUCGAAUUCCUCCUUUACACCCUGCUGCAACGCCAACAAGCUCACUACAGAGCAGUGGGUCUUCUCAAGCAAAUAACUCCAUCAUGAGCAGAGACAGCUAUCCUGGCGCGUACGCCCUGGGCAGGAACGCUUUUCAGUCACCACCAACACCUCUUAGCGACUUUUCACGUUUUCCAUACAAUUCAAGCAUGCAACCGGGAUUUGGGAGCCCUCUUGACCCAGUUAACUCAAUGUAUCCUUAUGUGCAACAGCAUCGAUCGGGACAGAUACAUCCUGACGCCCCACCGUUCAACGAGUGCGAGAAUUUCCAUCAUAUUACAGUGAACAACCAGAAAGUAACGCCCUCUAUCGAGGCAAAGAUUCACAAAGGGUUUUUUCAAGCAGACGAGAAAUGGACAUGUUACCGCCGUAACUACUUUUCUGUGACGUGUUCAUACAGUUUACAGCCUUACAUACCACAUGCAACUUACUUUCUGCAAACAACGCAGGGCCAACACAUGGAACCAAUCAGUGGAUUUGCCAUGUCUAUCUCAGCAAUUGUGAAUGCCUCGGAUAAUGAAACUCGAGAACUUGUUCAACAUACUCCUAAGCGAGACAAGAAAUCUGAGAAAAAACCAGACAGAGUGGUGCUUCGACCACAGCAGCCGUUUUAUUUGAAUUCAAAUAUUGCCGCUCCAGGACAGCAUGCACCAAUGUAUGGAAUGGCACAACAAAUGGACUACCCAUAUCCCCUACAAGCACCGCAUCCGCCGGCCCAGCAUACGUUUGAGCGCAUCCAAUUUCAGAGAGCGACCGCGAAUAACGGAAAACGACGAGCCCAACAGCAGUACUACAACCUUGUUGUGGAGCUUCAUGCGAAAGUCGAGCGGCAGGAUGGACUACAGUGGGUGAAAGUUGCAAAAAAGAUCUCAGACCCCAUGGUUGUGCGGGGACGGUCCCCGGGGCACUACAAGGAUGGCCGGCGAGGUAGUUCUGCUAGUACGGGCGACGGUGGGGACCCAGGGGAUGCAGGUCGUACGAUUCUGUCUUCAUCCAUUGAUCACCAAUCAUAUUCAAAUAUGUCAUUCCUGUACGAUUCUUCUCAGCGAGGUGAUCCCCAAUAUAGCAAUAAUCGAGACAUGUCACGGCAUCAUCAUCAGCAGCAGCACUCACAAUUUGGGCAAAUGGAUCAUUCAGCCGAAAUCAGUCCACUAGUUUCAGCCUCAGACGCUUCAUUGGAACUUAUGUUCCCUGACGCUAUUGGCGGCCACGAUUCCACCGAUGGCGGCUUAUCGCAUCAUAUCAGCCGCUAUCAUGACAAUGACGAUAGUAGCUCACUUCGGAGAGACUCAGGAAGUACUGGUAGUAGUAUUCAAAGCCAUGUGCCGAGUUUGGAUCUUAGCUCGAGUGCGGGAAGUCAAGAUGAUGCUCAUAGUCAUCAUCACCACCCUCACCACCACCACCACCAUCAGCAGCAUCAGCACCAGCAUACAUUGGAUGAUGCAUAUGAUCCAAUGAUACCGAGCUAUCAUAGCGAGCAAGAAGAUGGAUCUCAAUAUUUAAAGCAGUCGACUUCUGAACGAUGUCCCUUGGCAUCUAUUGUGAAUGAUAGCAGUCAGCGAACGGGUGGUGGUAGCGCUGUAACAUUUCCACGAUUUGAUCCUAUUCAAGAAAGCCUAUGUGCUUGA